AGGAAAAGCAACGGAGCUCAACAAGUUCGAUUUGAUCGUGCAGGGCGCGUGUGGCGGCAAAUCGACAAUGCAAAACAUGCAAAACGCGGCUUAAUAACUCUUUUCUAUUCUGUCGUGCUGGCGAAAAAUCCGCGAUAAAAGUCUGCCUCGUGACCAUGAAAAGUAAAUGCCGAGCGUGACAUCACAAUACAGUUAGUUACACUGCGCCGUGCAAAAGCGCGCUAUCUGCAAGUUAUGAAAUCGUGACAACGCCAGAAGAUGAUCCGAACGUGCAGCAGAUUGGUUUCUGCAGCCAGAGGACACCAAAUCUCGCAAAUAAAGUGCAUUUCGUCAAAGAUAUUAGAAGCUGAUGAAGCAGUUAAUCAACCACAACUUGCGAAAAACGGCGUUGACACGCUGACGGACACUUUUGGUCGUCGACAUACAUACUUGAGGAUUUCACUAACAGAAAGAUGCAAUUUGCGGUGCCAGUAUUGUAUGCCCGCAGAAGGGGUGCCGUUGAACCCCAAAUCGAAGCUACUUACAACCGACGAAAUUGUGACCCUGGCGAAAUUUUUUGUGGCCGAGGGUGUCACCAAAAUUAGGCUCACAGGUGGAGAGCCUUCGUUGAGGAAAGACCUCGUUGAUUUAGUCGGUCAGUUGAAUGAUAUUCAGGGACUUGACAGCAUAAGCAUGACCACGAAUGGCCUCACUCUGACCAAGCAGCUCGUCCCUCUAAUGAGAGCAGGUCUUAAGGGUUUGAAUAUUAGUCUGGACAGCUUGGACAAAGACACCUACACGAGAAUGUCCAGGCGAAAUGGACUGGCAAAGGCUUUGGCCGGUAUCAAUUUGGCGUUGCAGCUGGGCGUGAAUCCCCUAAAGGUUAAUUGCGUGGUCGUGCGAGAUGAAAAUUCGCAUGAAAUCAUGGACUUUGUUGACUGGGUGCGAGAUACGCCACUGGAGGUCAGGUUUAUCGAGUUCAUGCCUUUUACCGGAAACGCUUGGGACAGGAAGACGAUGAUGUCUUGCGAGGAAAUUUUGAAAGUCAUCAGAACUAAAUAUCCGGAUCUGGACAGGAUCAAAGGCCACAAAUCGGACACAGCCAAGAUUUACGCAGCUCCGGGAUUCCAGGGCCAGGUUGGCAUUAUAAGUUCAAUGUCGGACCAUUUCUGCGGAGGAUGCAACAGACUUCGCAUCACGGCAGAUGGCAAUCUCAAAGUUUGCCUCUUCGGAAAUAGUGAAGUCUCCCUGAGGGAUGCUCUAAGAGCAAAUAUUUCCGAAGAUGACCUGCGGGCCACAAUUCAGGCAGCAGUUCGUAGGAAGAAGAAACAACAUGCAGUGUCAACUUGUGUUACGAUUUUCAACAAACUCUCCUCUCUACCUCUGCACCUAUUCAACAUUCCUGGACAAUCAUUUACAAAUGUACGAAAUUACUCAACCUCUUCGAAUUUGACCCACAUUGACCCUGAUGGCCUUUUCACCAUGGUCGACGUUGGCGACAAACAACCCACCAAAAGGGAAGCACAAGCCUCAGCAACGGUGAUUUUGGGACCGCAAUUAAUAAAAAUGCUCAAGGAGAAAACCGUCCUGAAAAAAGGCUCCGAAGCUCUGACAGUGGCGCGACUGGCGGGCACAAUGGCUGCCAAGAAAACUUCCGACCUCAUUCCACUUUGCCACCAACUACAGAUGAGUUAUGCUAAUGUGGAGGUAGAACUUUUAGGCGACAGGGCGGUUUUCAUCAGUACGAUCAGGGUAGACGGGAAGACGGGUUGCGAACUAGAAGCAUUGACGGCAGUUUCGGUUGCUGCGCUCACUUUAUACGACAUGUGCAAGGCUGUUAGCAAAGCGAUUAAAAUCACAGAAAUCAGAUUGCUGAGCAAGUCUGGCGGAAAAACUGGCGAUUUUAAAAGUGAUUAAUACUGUGCCUUUGAUAAUAUACAAAUUUUUAUUUGUCUUAUUAUUUUAGAUUUUUCUAUUUUACACAAUAUUGGUUAUGAUUUUAACAUUUAUUUUUUGAUAAAAUAAAAAGGGCUAUAUUUUCAAUAGA